AUGGCCCAUGCCCCACCCACACUCCAGGAUCAGGCUUCGAAGAGCCUGGUGAAGAAUGAAUUACUGACCAUCUCUGAUGCCGAGUGCCUAAUAAGGGAACUCUUCCCACCUCUGUUCAAGGAGGCCAACACUCAAAGUAAAGCAGAGAUAAUUAAGAUCCUGGUGGAAUACUGGCCCUACCCUUGCCUUCAUGUUGGGUUGCUGAUUAAUAAACCCAACUUUCAGAACUUCCAGGCUAUACUGGAUGGAGUAGACACAUGGCUGAAACGGAAGUAUCGCCCCAGGAUGUGCAGGCUUCAAAAAGUUGACUUCAGGGGUGAACAACAUCAUGCUUCCUUAGAUAUGCAGGAUGAGAGAGAGGGUAGAGACCACUUAGUAGGAACUAUGCCUAAGAAGCAAAUAGUGGAGAGUCACUCAAGAACAAGGAAAGAGCGUUUGAGACUGUUCAGUGACCUUUCCUUUAUGUCUUCUCUGCAUGAAGAUAAAAACCAAACACGGUUGUUGGAGUGGGCAGAGGAGAGAACGAAUUUCCUGCAUCUGUGCUGUGAGAAGUUGGAGAUCGGAGCAGUAGAAGUGUCCAAGGUCAGGAAUGUAUUAAAAUCUCUACAGCCAGAGUUCAUCAAGGAGUUGGAACUGAAUACAGUGGGAAAUCUGUCUAAACUGGCAAAAUUAGUACCUUUCAUUAGAAAGAUGAGAAACCUUCAGAAACUCAUGCUAGUACGAACCUUUGGAACAAGGACUUUCACCCGAGAGGAGAGAUGGAACAUCAGCAAGAUCAUUUCUCUGUUCUGCAAACUCAGCUGUCUCCAGCAUCUCACUAUUGAUGAUGUCUAUUUUCUCACAGACCACAUGACAGAGUUGCUCAGGUGUCUGGAGGCCCCAUUGGUGUCCCUCAAGAUCACUCUGUGCCAGCUCUCUCAGUCAGACUUGGAGUCCUUUGCCCAGUAUUGGAACUACAGUCAGCUUAAACAUCUGUGCUUGAGAGGCGUCACUUUAACUAACUUAGAUGUCAAGCCUCUGAGAGAUUUGUUAAGGCAUGUGGCAGCUAACCUGGAGACUCUGGACUUAGAAGACUGUAGGAUGGAUGAUUCUCACCUCAGUACCCUUCUGCCUGCCGUGAUCGAAUGCACUCAGCUUACUAGCAUCAAUUUGUAUGACAAUGACAUCUCUGAGGAUGUCCUAGAGUACUUUUUGUACCACACUACCAAUCUGAGCCAGCUGACCACAGAAAUGUAUCCUGCUCCAUCAGAGGUCUAUAAUGAGUCAAAAUAUGUUGUAGUAGAGAUAUUUAUUCAGAUUUGCGCUGAACUCAUGGACAAACUCAUGGAUGUAAGGCAGCCUAUUUCAGUCUGCUUUGGUUCGUACUCCUGUUUUGACUGUGAUGAUCGUUAUUUAUAUGAAGAUGAUGGGGAUGUCACACUUUGUUUGUGCCAGGAGUAACAACAGGAAUAUUCCUUCGGGAUACUAAGAAAUUCCUAGGGACUAGUCUUUCAUCCAGAGAACCCAAAACACAUGGCUUUUCAGCGUGAUAAAACAAUGGUCCAACUCCUGUCAGGACUGUCUCUUCACUGGCUUUCACCUAUCUAUGAAAUUAUGGUCAGAUCCUGAAAAGCUGAUACUCUCUCUGUGCUUCUCGUCAUUUUGUAGUCAGAACUGUUCUUUGUACACAGUAAUGGAGGGAUAGGAUAUCUAACUUGUUUCAAAUGACCUCUCAAUGUGCAAUGAAGCUAUUCCAACAUUCCCCCUUCUGCAUCUGCCUGGGGGUAGGUCAUGUGUAAAAGUCUUCAAAGUAGCAAUGUAUGCCAAGCCAAAUCUU